AUGUGUACUCAACUACUCUCCGUAACUAAACAUCGCGUUGGACUCUCUGAAAAUCAGCUUCGAAACCAACUUUAUGAGAAAUGUCGAGUGCUUCCAUCCGUUUUCAAGGAGCAGUGCUUCGCGUUUGUGGAGACGUCACUUCCAGAGAUCUACUACUCGAUUAAUUACGAUUUAUCGUCAAAAGAUGUUUGUGUGAGAAUGAAUUUCUGUGAUGAGACGAAUCCGUUUGCGGUCGGCGGCCCCCUCCCACCAAUUGAAGCAUCCACACAGUACCCAGAAGAAGAAAUCGAAGAAAUCGAACUGCCAACGACAACAACAAGAAGACGUACUACAACAACUACAGUACCCCCGACGACUACGACUCGUGCAACAACCACAACAACUCCAAGACCACCACCUCCCCCUCCAGUUAUUCCAGAAAGAAGAGAAGAGCAUACGGAUAGAAUUGGACACAAGAAUGUUUUGGAAAUUCUCAUUCCACCACCUCUCCGAGCAAAAUAUGUUUCUCGUAACACAAUUGUCGAAACUUCGAGAGAAAAAGUUCCAGAAAAAGAAGAAGUUGAUGAGAAACGUCUGACAUGUGCAUUCUGUGAGCGAAUGUUGGAGAAUGCGAAGAAUUAUGCAGUCACUUCAAAAACAGACAUAACCUCAUUUGCCAACACGGCAUGUGCAUCACUUCCGAAGGGAAGAACUUCUGAUCAAUGCUAUCAAAUGGCUGAUAAAAAGAUUGCAGAACUAGCAAAAUUUGUGGAUCAACAAGUGGUCGAUGCGUUGUGGUGUGCCGAGUUGAAUCGGUGUUGA